AUGGAGGAAGAUUUCUUUAUUACAGAAUACAUGAGCUGCGGACGAGAUGAACUGAAAUGUACGAUAAAAAAGUUAUAUUCAGAUUUUAUCGUCAAUGAAAUCACUCCGGAUGGAACUGUUCUUGACAUAUCUUUGCCAUCCACAACGGAAGCGAUUGUCGAGAGUAGAGAAGUAAAGAACAGCCGGACGGACGUAAAUGAUAUCUCUAUUCCAGAAGCCGUUACGCAAGAGAUGGUCUCAAAAAUCGAUGCUCUUUUCAACGAUGAAAUCAAUGUUGUCGAAAUACCAACUGAAGGUAUGGAUAAACAAAGGCGUACCCUUAUACAUGACUGGAUACGCAACCGGUAUAGUGGCGUUUUGGAUUCACAAACAGUUGCCGGCGCCAUUCGAGUUCUACUACCAGAUAAACGAACUAGGAAAAGAAGUACUUGGCCAACAGAUCGCCCUGAUUAUGUUCAUUUCACAUUAUGUAAGGAAAACAAAGAUACGCACUAUGCACUUUCUGUGAUUUCUAAGUUGUUGGGGAUAAAAAACUCUUCAUUUGGUAUUUGUGGUACAAAGGAUCGUCGAGCUCUUACAACACAACGAGUAUCGUUGUAUCGAUGUGAAAUUGAACGAUUGGAAAAACUUAACGGCAAACUACGCGGCAUAAGGCUUACUGAUUUUACUUCAAGUUCAGAACCAUGCAAGUUGGGUAAUCUUUGGGGGAAUAGAUUCAAAAUUAUUUUAAGAGAUGUUCAUCCGUUCAACGAAGCUGAUUUGAUCAGUAGGAUUGAUGAUUUCAAGUCAAACGGUUUCAUCAAUUAUUUCGGAACUCAACGCUUUGGAUCAUGCGCUUUUAAUACAGCGGAAAUUGGCAUUGCAAUUUUGAAGAAACAAUGGGAAGUGGCUUUAAAAGCAAUUUUGAAGCCACGGAAUGCACGCGGAAGUAUUCGAGAAGCUUUAAAUGAGUGGAAUAAAUCAGGAAACGCUUCUGUUGCUUUGAAAAAGCUCACAGGCAUUCAGGCAUAUGCUACUAUCGAAGGGCAACUUUUAUCAUCUCUCAGCAAGAAUAAGUGCGAUUAUCGUGGUGCUUUGUUAAAGUUAACCCGGAAUAUACGUAGUCUCUAUGUUCAUGCUUAUCAGAGCUUGUUGUGGAAUAAGGUUGUUACUCGACGUGUGAAAAACAAGGGAUUUCAUGCGAUAAGCGGUGACUUGAAUCUUAGAGGUCAAAUAAUCAAAGAUUUUGAAAACGAAGAGGUAGCUUUGCCUCUAAUAUCAGGAUCUGUUAAGUUUCCUAGUAACGAAGUCCGAGAUUGGUAUGCAGAAAUAAUGGCUGAGGACGGCGUAACAGUAGAAAUAGAAUGGACAAUAGGCGCUGUGAUGCGUCCUCUUAUAAUCAAACCGCAGAAUGUGAAGUAUAAAAUAUUGACUUAUCCCGAAGCCAGGACAAAAUUGCAAACAGAUUUUGAAGGAAAUAUAGAUUCAGAAAGUAUCGGGAUUGGCAACUUCCACGCAUUGGGUUUAGAAUUUUCGUUACCUUCAGGUUCCUAUGCUACCAUCGCUUUACGCGAAAUUACAAGGUGUGACAUGAGUAAAUUGGCUCAGAUGUCCAUGGCUCAGGAUGGAAAAGAUUUUACAGAAUUUGUUUAG